AUGGAGCAACGGCGUGAUGCUGCGCACGCCGCCUCUGCGGGCCCGUCGGGCCGCGUGCGCCUUGCGGAUCGAUCGGGCUAUCAGUUGCCCUUCGACCGGCGCACGGUCAAGGAGCGCAUCGCCAAGCUUCGCUCGCGCCGAGAAAUCCGUGACUUCCAACAGCAUCAUACGGUGCCGUUACUAGAACCUGCCUGGCCCAUGCUGCGGCUGCUCAACAUCCCACGCGCAGAGAUGAACCGAGCAGUGCUGGCGCAUGCCAAAGAGCUGUUUGCCUCCCGCAUCCCGUCCAUGUCGACCAAGCAGCUGACGGAUACGCUCAAGUUGUGCUGGCCUUUUGCCCUUACAGAGGAGAUCCAACCACUCGUGGUCCAGCUCCUCAACCAAAAUGCCGAGCUCGAGCCCAGUUAUUUGGAAGAGCUGCAAAAUCACCCCACCCUCUUGGAACAGUGCAACCUCAAUGUGAAGCAGCAGCUGUGGGUGGCCAAACCCGGUGCCUUCACGGCAGUGGCUGGGCCGUUCUUGCGCCAAGCUGCCUUGCGAUUAAACCAGCGCUGCCUGCUGCCCGUGCUCUUCGAUCGCCUCUUUGACAAUCCCUUCGCAGACCUGGAUGAGGAGGCCACGUCGGAGAUUUCCGAGCUCCUGCAGCUCGUUGGGAGCAAGAUGAAGUUGUAUGAAGCCCUUUUGGUUGAGCUACGCAGCCAAUUUGUCAAGCACGGCGAGCCGGCUUAUGGCUGCCUACGCCUACGCCUAUCCCACGGCUUGACCCGUGCCGGGGCCGAUGCCAUUGCCAGCAAGGACCCUUGCAGUCGUUUUGCGACCCUCCUGACCAUGGUAUGCCAGGACGCUGCCAUCUCCGACCAAAUGUACACAGACCUUGAAGCAGCGCUGACGAGCCUGGCUCAAGAGCCCACGGCCCUUUUGGAUGUGGGCCUCAUGCUCUUGCACCCACACCUGGCAUGGACGUUUGCCCAAAUCGCCGUCUCUCGAUUGGAGUCUAAUAUCACUGCUUGCAAGCUUCCGCGCCAUGACGAACAGCUUCGCAUUCUUCUGCAGUUGCUGCAUUGUUCCAACAACCUGCGCGCGGUAUUGUCUCGGACCAAACACGUGGUACCCGAGUUGACUCGCUCCAUCGUGCAGGAUCACGUGGCCGCCAUUGCCAACAUGCUUGCAGAAGACGCCAUUGCUCAUCGGAAGGAAAUCAUUGAUUCACCUGCAGACCACCGCGGAACUGACAACCCCAAAGCGCUCCGCCACGCCGUGGAUGGCAACUUUAGUCUGCAACUCAUCCUGCAGCGAGUGGCAUGCCUGGCCAUGUCCGAGGGUGACCUGACACGACCACUGUACAUUUACCAUUGGUUCCUCAUGCACCAGACGCAAUUCCCGGUGGCGCUCAACUAUGCUGCGGCAGGGUUUAUGUGCAACACCCUUUUGCAGAACUGGGAACGAACCGUCAAACGCCUGCCAGAGGUCUUUGACAAGCUCUUAUAUCGCCAAGCCCGUCGGCACUGGAAGCUACACCAGUUGAGCGCCGACGUGUUUGCGCGGUUGCCCCAACUUGAGCAGAUUGCUGAUUCGCUCAACAUGAUUCUGAAGAUGGCGCAGGAGGGCGAAACGCCGCGCCACGAGGACAACCCGGACUACGCCCACCAGUGCAAGCAGCUGUUGCAGACAUAUCUGGUCUCGACUGAAUCCUUCGAUGAGAAGCUUCAGCAGACCAUCCUGGUCAGUCUCGUGAAGCGAUUUGAGGGUGACGUGCAGAUUCAGCUGGCCAAGGAGUUUGACGUUGAGGUCAACGAGGCUGCGGAGCAAGGCGAGGCUCCUCACAAUUCCGAUGAGGCGGCCCACGACGAGAAUAUGGAAUCAGACGCUGACACUGCACUUGAGAACGACGAUCAAGGUGAAGAGGUCGAUGAGGAAGAAGAGGGCGUGCAAGAAGAUGUGGAUGAGGAGCAUGUAGAGUCUGAAGAGGCCAUGGACGACGAGGUGGAUGAGUAAUUGAUCAAUUGGAUCCCC